AUGUUCAUGCUCAUGCUGGCCUUCAUCGUCCUCCUCACUCACACCUUCCGCCUCCCCGCAAUCCCUCCAGCUCUUCUUGUCGGGAUCAUAGCUGGUGCUGCUGAGCUGGACAAGCGCAUGAACCUAGAGGCGCCGGUCAUCGCAGCUCUCAUCGAGCUGGGAGUUGUUCUCCUCUUAUUCUUUGCAGGCCUUUCCACUGAUUACGUUUCUCUUGUGCAUCACUACAACACCUCUUUCUGGUUUGCUCUGAUUCAGAUCAUAGUUCGAACCGCCAUCUUCGCCGCCCUUGCCGCUGGCUCUGGUCUAAGUCAGACGGUGGAGGCAGUGAUCUUCUUUGGGCUCACCUGCUCCUUCUCUUCGACCCUGAUGACCGUCCAGAAUCUGCAGAUGAGAGGGGAGAUGAGAACUCUGCACGGGCGGAUCCUGCGAGGCAGCUGCGUCUUCAAGGAGUUGAUAUCCUCCUUCAUCAUAGCCAUCAUCUUCGCCUUUUUCCAAGCUCGAGUCAUGUUCCACUCCAUGGCCACCGAGACCAGCGCCAGGAGAGGGGAAGUCAACGCCACCUCGACAGACGUGGCGAGUGAUGGCUCGCACAAGAAAGAUCAACUGGGGACUGAAAUAGGAAAGGCCAUUGGGAUAUACGUGCUGGUUUGCCUUAUCUUGUACGGCCUUCACAGAUUAUGUCUUGAGCGGGUCUUCAAGUUCUUCUCCAAGGACAGCGAGCUUCUCUUCAUAGGGAUCAUGGCGUACGAUCUGGGAGUCGGCGCUCUGGGAUUUCUUGCCGGCUUCUCCCCUAUGGCAUGCUCGUUCCUUGCGGGGUUGAGCGCCGCGUUUCUCAAGCAGCGAGUGAGGAUCGAAAACAAGGUGUCGUCGCUCAAGGACUUUGGCAUGAUCACUUUCUACUUCAUGAUGGGGAUCUACGUGCAGCUCGAUGCUGCCUCCUUCGGUCGGCUCGUUCCAUGGUCUAUCAUCAUCUGCUUCAUCAUCACCAUCGUGCUCCCCGUCCUGUUCUGGGUCUUUGGAGCCGCGAUGGGCCUCAAAGGGAGAACGACUUUCAUGAUCUGCAACACUUUCAAUUCCAUGGGCGAAACCUCGUUGAUCAUGCAGAGCCUUGCUUAUCAUGCUGAUAUCUUUGACCGGGACCAGUACAUCGUCCUCCUCCUUUCCUCUCUCUUCUCCAUGGUCUUGGGGUGGAUCCUCCAGACGUAUCAAGUCGAGAUCUACAACCGUGUCAAGUUUCUGUUAGUGGCAUUAGAGAACGUGACGGCCGAAGAAACAGAGAGGGAGAAGAAAUUCUCCUACAAAGAUCACAUUGUCCUCUUAGGAUUCAACGAGUCUGGGCUUGAGAUUGCAAAUCACUUCCUUGAAAAGUCCGAAUGGCAGAAACGAGACGUCCUAAUGCUCGAUCUCGACCCAAGUUUGCAUCGAACGAUGCUCACUUCGUUCUGUGGAGCUGAUGCCAGCUCGCACGGUGACGAGGAGCACGCAAAAGCUCACUUCGGCACCAACAUCUUCCCCGUGUAUGCUGAUCCGGAGAGCGAGCUUUCAUGGCAUCGCUACAGGCUCAGAUCGGCCUCCCUUGUUGUCUGCUGCACUAUUGACCGCGACCCGAAGCCUCUGUGCAAGUACAUGAAGGGAAGCAAUGCGACACUCAUGGUAAUCACCAACAGCAACGAGGAGGCCAAAGUCCUCUAUGACCUUGGGGUACACUACGCCAUUCAGCAAGAGUACCUUGCGGCGCUAGAGGUCAGCAUCAUUCUCAAGGAGGAAUAUCAGGAGAGCAGCAAGGCUGACAGCUUGUUCGUCAAGAGGAGACAAAGUCACCAGGAGGAGCUCAAGGAGGAGCAAGAAAGUCACAUCCGCCGGAAAAUUGGCGAGUUUAUGUGA